AUGGCUGGUGUCUGUAAGAGGCGGCAGAACUUGGUUGGGCUACGAGCUCAAAUUUUCCUGGAGAUCGGACUGUGCCUGGAGGUCGACAGUUAUCCGUUCGCCGGUGUCAGAUGGUGUGACGGUCGCCGGUUGCUGUCGGACGAGGUCAGCUUCACCGGCGACGAGAGCCAGUGGCCGCGUGAAGACAAUGACGGGACUGACUUUCUUGCGAGAGAGAGAGAGAGAGGGUGGGGUUCGGCGGUGGUGGCAGGGAUGAUUCGACGAUGGUUGUGUGUUUGUGCAUCACCGGCAGUGGCGAGAGAGAGAGUGGGGUUGAGUGGUGGUGGCGGGGAUGCUCCGAUGGUGGUGGUGCGUCAGUUGGUUCCGGCAGUGACGGGGUGUGUCAGCGGGCGUCGGGUGGAGAGCAACAUCGUGGAAUUCCAGUUGGGUUAG